UUUUUUCAUCUGAAUUCAUUCAGCCAAAAACUGUUUAUCAGAAGUCAGAACUUGUUAAAUUCUUUUUGUUCCCUUAAUAAAAUAUUAGGAGAAUUGACUGCGACAAGCAAUCAAACAAGUACGGCAAUAUGAAAGUAUUGAAUAUAUUAAAAAUAUAUUUGGUUAGCGCUUAGAAAGUCUUUCAUGUGAUACAUUCAAACAAAUUUGUUUGAACAAGAUCCAGAAACUCUAGUAAUAGGCAUACUGCAAUAUAUAAAUAGUUAGCUUUAUAAAUCACAUGGUUUCUGAAUGGAGUAUUGGUAGGUUGGUAGAUGGAAAAAGUCAUAAUCAUUUCUCAAAAAAUAGGUCUCCAACAAUGACACAUUCACACAUACCAAAACCACUAUUUUUAAUCAAAAACAUUAAGUAUGAAAUUUGUUUUUACUAAUUAGACGUUUUUUAGUAAUUUUCUGAUUAGUAAAAUAUGAAAAUGUUAACUAUCAUUUUUUUUGUUAACGAAGGUUUUGUAUUAUGGAAUAUGAUCAUGUGUUUUUUAUGGAGGAUUCUCACCAGUUUGCUUCCUCUUAAGUCUAAUUCCUCUCUAUAUAUAUUUUCAAAUAAUCUCUCUUUCUUAUACAUUAACUUAUAUAAGCAGAUUUGUUUUGUACAUUGAUUCUGAGCUCUGCAACUUCUGUGAUCAAAGCUUCAAUGGAAGGAUUAGCUAUCAGAGCAUCUCGACCAUCAAUUUUCUGCUCUCUUCCGGGUCUCGGCGGUGAUUCUCAGAGACGACCUCUAAGUGACGGUUUCCUAAGGCUGCCGGCGUCGUCUAAUGCGGCGGUUAACACAAACUUAGUCGCGAGUUCUGUUUCUUUUCAUCCAAUCUCCGCCGUCAAUUUGUCUGCACAAGCUUCCCUCACCGCCGAUGUCCCCGCCCUUUCAGACAUUCUUCAACAAAAGGGUUGUGUCAUCUGGAUCACUGGUCUCAGCGGUUCAGGGAAAAGCACUGUCGCGUGUGCGCUAAGUAAAGCAUUGUUUGAAAGAGGCAAACUUACUUACACACUCGACGGCGACAAUGUACGUCAUGGCCUUAACCGGGACCUCACUUUCAAAGCUGAGGAUCGUACCGAAAACAUACGCAGGAUCGGUGAGGUGGCUAAGCUGUUUGCUGAUGUUGGAGUCAUUUGUAUAGCAAGUUUGAUUUCUCCGUACCGGAGAGACAGAGACGCGUGCCGGUCCCUGUUACCCGAAGGCGACUUCGUGGAGGUUUACAUGGACGUUCCUCUGUCUGUGUGCGAGUCAAGAGAUCCAAUUAAGGGGUUGUACAAGCUCGCACGUGCCGGGAAGAUCAAAGGUUUUACUGGAAUCGAUGACCCUUACGAGGCGCCAUUGAAUUGCGAGGUCGUGCUGAAACACACAGGAGACGACGUCUCUUGUUCGCCACGUCAGAUGGCUGAAAACAUCAUCUCUUACUUGCAAGACAAAGGUUACCUUGAAGGCUAAUUAUUAGUCAAAUCUGAAAAAUCAAAGAGAAAAAAAAAACAAUUAGAUUUUGUAAUGGUUAAAUGAUUGCUCUCUCUGGUUCUCUCGUAAGCUUGAGACGUGAUAUACGACAGUGUCUCGCUUGUCAUACUAUCAUUUGUUCUUGAAUUGUGUUAAACUCGAGAUCCAGAGGAAGGGAACACAUAUAUUUCUAAUUUAGUUACUUAUUGUUACUGAUUAUGUUGUAUACUUUUUUUUACUGUGUUGUAUACUUGUAUUACUAAUAAAAUGAACUUCUCUGUAAUUAAUUUGUCUUAGUGAAUUAAUAUUUGAUAGUAAUUCUUCUC